UUUUAGCAAAAUAUUGACUCUAAAUUUAUAAGUGGUUCUUCAAACUGGUUCUAAUAAUUAGCAAGAGUGGCCAAUAUCCCAUUUGGUCUAAAACUUAACAAAAGCCACUGAAACUUAGCUAUGGACAGAAUCUCAGAACUCUUUUUUGGAAUCCAGCAGAAGAAAGACUUGUGAAUGAACUAUGUGAAUGCCAGUAUUAGCCUAGUAAAAAAAAUGUUAAAAAUCUGUGUGAAGCUGAUAAGGAGAGAAUGGAGAAGAAACUUCUCUUUGAAGUCCAUAUUAUUAGAAAUGUGGAGAAGGCUAUUCUUGAAAAGAAAAUGAAAAUUAUGAAGGAGAUAGAGGACAACAAGUUUCAUAUUAACACCAUUGAGAUGGUUCUUAGAGAUUUAGAUGUUUUGUCGGAAGACUGAGAUUACUCUCUUUGUGAAAGUAUGCAGGUGGUUACUAAUCUUGUUUUUACGCAGAAGUAUCUGAAGUUUUCAAAAUUUACUGAAACUUCAGAAGAUGAUUGAGUAUGAGAACAGGAUGAUGAAGAAGUUAAGCUUUCAUUACUUUCUGAGAUUAGCAAUAUUGAUCAAUCAGGCACUGAAGCACAAGUAGCAUCUGUUACUCCUCCAAACUCUACUUUAGAAGCAACUGCAAAACCUAUUUAAAUUUGAGCCUGUCAACUCCGACUUCUCUAGUCUUUUGACAGAUAUGACGGAUACUGUGAAAGCUCCAGCUAGCAAUGGAGUGCUAGAUAAAUUAAUGAAAACAUUAGAGCAGAAGGGUGCUUUAGAUAAAAAAAUGAAAAAUUCCAUAAAGAAAUUAAACCAGUCCAUUGAUUCUAACAAAGGUGUUAUAGCUUCCCUUAAAGAGUUCAAUAAAGAGUGAGGGAUAAAUAUACAACUGCCAGACCCUGUUAGUGAUGGAGAGUUUGAAAAGGCUUAUUUCGAUUUAGUAUCUUCCCAAGCAAGCACUCCUGUAAAUAACCAAAAUCUAGGAUCACUGUUUACUGGAGGAGGGGGUGUCAUAAAAAACUGUGGGCCUAUUAAAGAUUCUAUUUUGUUUUACAGCCAAGAAGAACUUCCGACCUGUACUAAAGUAACACCUAAAACUCAGGUUGUAGUAGACUCUGACUUUGAGAGCGAUUGUGAAGACUAAAUAUCUUCAAUUAUUAAUUUUUAUAAAGGGGUUUUGG